ACCUUUCUUCUUUUGAAACCAACAGAUUCGUCCUGUGAGUCCCUGUCACUUCUGUGAGGACUUGUUUUUUCUGCUGCUGGUCGCCAGGACCUUCUCUCAGGAGGCGUCAUUGGAUGUGAGAGCUGCAGGUAUAAGAGACUUGUCGGAAGCAUGGACCUCAGUGAAACAUGGCCUUUGGAGGAAGGAGCCUGGUUGUCUCAUGCUGGAAUUCAUCAUUUUGCCAACACCAGAGGAGACAAUGACUUUGUGGAAUCCUCUCCCGCGCCUUACAACCCGGAGGAGUUGGGUCCCCCUCCUGCUUGUUACAGCCCCAGUAGUCCCGCCCAGAUUCUAGAAGACCCCAGCUACUUUUUCCCAGACUUCCCGCUCUACUCGGGGAGGCAUGAAGCGCCUGCUUUGACGGUGGAGGCCGGCGGUACCAUCAGGGAGAAAGGUGUUGAGGAUCCUCUUUGUAACUUCCACGCCCCGAACUUCCUGAGGAUCUCAGAGGUGGAAAUGAGAGGUUCCGAGGAUGCGGCAGCUGGAACAGUAUUGCAGCGGCUGAUCCAGGAACAACUGCGCUAUGGCACCCCGACCGAGAACAUGAACUUGCUGGCCAUUCAGCACCAGGCCACAGGGAGUGCAGGACCAGCCCACCCGACAAACAGCUUUUCUUCCUCGGAAAACCUCACCCAAGAAGACCCACAAAUGGUCUACCAGUCGGCACGCCAGGAACCGCAGGGUCAAGAACACCAGGUGGACAACACGGUGAUGGAGAAGCAGGUCCGGUCCACGCAGCCUCAGCAGAACAACGAGGAGCUGCCCACCUACGAGGAGGCCAAAGCGCAGUCCCAGUUCUUCAGGGGGCAGCCGCCGCCGCCGCCGCCGCAGGGGGCCGUGGGUCACGGUUACUACAUGGCGGGGGGCACCAGCCAGAAGGCCCGGACUGAGGGGAGGCCCACGGUGAACCGUGCCAACAGCGGGCAGGCGCAUAAGGACGAGGCGCUGAAGGAACUUAAGCAGGGCCACGUCCGCUCGCUCAGUGAGAGAAUCAUGCAGCUGUCGCUGGAGAGGAAUGGCGUUAAGCAGCACCUCCCUGGCUCAGGGAGUGGCAAGGGGUUCAAGGCGGCAGGGGGGCCCGCCCCAGCCCAGCCUGCAGGUAAAGUGCUGGACCCCCGGGGUCCGCCACCCGAGUACCCCUUCAAGCCCAAGCAAAUGAUGUCCCCGGUCAGCAAGACCCAGGAGCACGGACUUUUCUACAGCGACCAGCACCCUGGCAUGGUCCACGAGAUGGUCAAGCCUUACCCAGCUCCGCAGCCCGCGAGAACGGAAGUGGCCGUCCUGAGGUACCAGCCACCCCCGGAGUAUGGGGUAACGAGCCGCCCAUGCCAGCUUCCUUUCCCGUCAACAGUGCAGCAGCACAGCCCCAUGUCCUCCCAGAACUCCUCGGUCAGCGGGCCUCUGCACUCCACCUCCUUGCCGCUGCCACUCCCGGUGACCCUGGCCGCCCCGCAGCCGCCGCCUGCCGCCUCCCCCAGCCAGCAGCUGGGUCCCGAUGCCUUUGCGAUUGUGGAGCGAGCCCAGCAGAUGGUGGAGAUACUAACAGAGGAGAACCGCGUGCUUCACCAGGAACUUCAGGGUUACUGUGACAACGCUGACAAGCUCCACAAGUUUGAAAAAGAACUUCAGAGGAUUUCGGAAGCCUAUGAGAGUCUGGUCAAGUCCACUGCCAAGCGAGAGUCCCUGGACAAGGCGAUGAGAAACAAACUGGAGGGCGAGAUUCGAAGACUUCAUGACUUCAACAGGGACCUUCGAGAUCGACUGGAGACUGCCAACAGGCAGCUGUCCAGCAGGGAGUAUGACGGCCAUGAAGACAGAGCCGUGGAGGGCCUGUAUGCUUCCCAGAACAAAGAAUUCUUGAAGGAAAAGGAGAAGUUAGAAAUGGAGUUAGCAGCAGUGAGGACUGCAAGCGAGGACCACCGGAGACACAUUGAAAUCCUGGACCAGGCUCUGAGCAAUGCGCAGGCCAGGGUCAUCAAGCUGGAAGAGGAGCUACGAGAGAAGCAAGCCUACGUGGAGAAGGUGGAGAAGCUGCAGCAGGCGCUGACCCAGCUGCAGUCCGCAUGUGAGAAGCGGGAGCAGAUGGAGCGGAGACUUCGGACCUGGCUGGAGCGAGAGCUGGACGCCCUGAGGACCCAGCAGAAACAUGGAAACGGCCCGCCAGCCAGCAUGCUGGAAUACAAUGCCCCGGCCCUCAUGGAACUUGUGAGGGAGAAGGAGGAGCGGAUCCUGGCGCUGGAGGCCGACAUGACCAAGUGGGAGCAGAAGUAUCUGGAAGAGAGCACCAUCCGGCACUUUGCCAUGAACGCCGCAGCCACCGCCGCAGCUGAGAGGGACACCACGAUCAUCAACCACUCGCGGAACGGCAGCUACGGCGAGGCCUCGCUGGAGGCCCACAUCUGGCAGGAGGAGGAGGAGGUGGUGCAGGCCGCCAGGAGGUGUCAGGACAUGGAGUACACCAUUAAAAAUCUCCAUGCCAAGAUCAUCGAGAGGGAUGCCAUGAUUAAGGUCCUUCAGCAGCGAUCCCGCAAAGACGCCGGGAAGGCGGACUCCUCAAGCCUGCGGCCCGCCCGCUCCGUCCCUUCCAUUGCUGCGGCCACCGGGACACACUCCCGCCAGACCUCUCUGACCAGCAGCCAGUUAGCGGAGGAGAAGAAGGAAGAGAGGACCUGGAAGGGGAGCAUAGGGCUGCUGCUGGGGAAGGAGCACCACGAGCACGCCUCCACCCCCGCGCUGCCCGCCCCGCCCGCCACAGCACCGGCCCCAACAGUGUCCGCCACGUCGGCCGGCAGCGCCCACGCCAAGACGGGCAGCAAAGACAGCAGCACCCAGACGGACAAGAGCACCGAACUCUUCUGGCCCAACAUGGCCUCCUUGCCCACCCGCGGCCGGCUGAGUGUGACCCCUUCCAACAGCCCGGUCCUGAAACACCCAGCGGCCAAGGGGACCGCAGAGAAACUGGAGAGCUCUCCUGGCCACGGGAAGUCGCCUGACCACAAAGGCCGCGCCAGCAGCCUGCUGCACAAGCCCGAGUUCCCGGACGCGGAGAUGAUGGAGGUCCUCAUCUAGCGCUGUGUCCCUGAGGAACGUCGUGCCGGGACGGUGACAAGCGGAGGAGGAGAAGGAGCGUGGCCAAGGGAGCGGCACGAGCAAGGAGAGCGAUCGGGAAGGUGGUAGAUGGGAAGCCAGGAAUGAUUGGAACUGAUAAAGAUUUCAGAUUCGUAAGAACACUUUUUAUAAAUGUUUAAAAAAAAAAAAAAAAAACAGGAGACCUACACGAAUGAAGAUGGAGUGAACGCUAUGGAUUUUUAUUGCCUAUGGUGGCAGAGAGACGAUGCAUGUAGGUUUGGAAAUGAAGAAGAAAUAGGAAAUGGAAUUUUCCAAUGUACAGAAAAUGUAUCUCAUGGGGAGGGUCUGUGUACACCCAUUUUCUGGUUAUAAACACAUAAACCUGAACCGGAAUCUUCCUUGGAAUACCCCCCUUCUCCCUGCCCUCUAGCAUCUGUUUAAGAACCUCCUAGAAGUCUCUGGGAGCCCCUCUGGGUGUAAUGAAAUACCACCUGUGCCCCCCGGGGGUGUCCUGUGAAUGUGUGUGGCUGUGACGACGAGAUGAAAUGUGGAGGGGCCACCUUCCGGGCCUCGGCUAAUGACCGGCUUGGUUUGGGUUUUGCAGGAGAUGGUGGGGCUUCCUAGCUUGUGUGGACUCGAGGCGGUGUUUUCUGAACAGAAUGGGAGCGUUUUGAUCUUGGUGCUCAUCCUCCCCGACUUGCCUGACUUCUCUGUCUUUGCUCCGUUUUCUUUCAUUUUAUUCCUCCUCCUCCUCCUCCUCCUCCUCCUCCUCCUCCUCCUCCUCCUCCUCCUCCUCCUCCUCCUCCUCCUUCUUCUUCUUCUUCUUCUUCAUUUUUAAGUGAAACGUGACAGAGUAGGUCUGGGAUUCUCGAGAGCCGUGUCUGAACUGUCAGCAUUCCUGCUGUGUUUCUCAGUGGCCAGCGGGACAGAGCCCUAGGCUGGCCUCCUGGCUGCUGCCUCCCCCGCAGCUGCUACUGUCUUUCUGACUGUGCACUUGGUGAGCUUUGGCGAGGCGGGAGGCCCAGAGCCAGUGUGACCGCUGUGUGAGGAUGAGGAGCGUGGCCCUGGCUUUUUUCUCCCUCACGUCAGCUCUUGCACGGAGCUUGGCGUUCCCGCCUCUUGGCUCUGCAGGGUAAGGCUUUCAGGAUGGCACGCCAGGAAAUGAAUGGCCCUGGACUCGUGGCCUCUGGGCCCGCCCUGUGCGGGUACCCUGUCCCCUUUCUCGGACCUGUGGCUCCUGAGCACGUUCCCCACUCUCCACUCUGCCAUGAACUUGCUUGGCAACCUACAGGUUGGUCUGAUUUUUUAGGCCUGUCUUUUUAACAUGAAAGACAGGACUAUCGUGUUAAAGAGCCAGGAGGGAGGGAGGUGGGGGCCCAUGUCCCUGUGUGUGACGGCCUCCAUCUCACCCCUCGGACGGGAGGCUUUCCUCCCAGAUCCAGGAGGUGCUGGGUCAGAACAGAGGAGCAGCGGCUCCAGCCCUGAGGCCGUUCUCCCGUUCUCCCUCCACGUCCACAUCGGCAGCCAGCGGGACGCUGUUAUUCCAGGUCGUGCGCCUCAUGCUCAGUUCAGGAAAGAGAGGGAGGCCCCGGCUCGAGACCACCUCAGUGAAGCCUGGAGGCAGCCCUGCUCAGGAAAUGUUGCUUGGCUGGCUUACUUGAGGGUUGGUUUUUAGAGUGUAACCUGGGUGGAGGUACAGCCUCCCCAAAAUAAGGAGGUUGAAGGAUGACAAGUGUCGGCUGGAGGGGAGGGAGGAAACCAGUGCUUUGCCCAGAGGGGCCUGGCGUUGGUGUGACCCCCCAGCUGCUCUGCCUGCGCCCUGAGCUUGCGCGUCCUGCCGCCUCCUUUGUCCCCGGUUAAGCACCGCUGAAUAUUGUGCAGCCGGGUAGCCGCAGCGGCCGGGGCGAGGAGCUCCCCAAAUGCCCUGGCGUGUGAGGAGAAGGCACAGAGGCCCCGUAGUGAGGAAAGGGUUGCUGUGCAUGGGGCAGAGGAUCCCCAUUCCAGUCUCUGUUCUCAUCACUUUUUGUGGGUGAUGAGGGUCAGUAGAUGGCAACUGACUCUUAAGGACAUUUUGAUGCCUGAUUAUUGUUGGGAUGCACCAGGAAGGAGAGAAAGUAUCUAGAGAUAGGAAGGCAAGUCGCCUCUGCCAGCCCCAUCCCCACCCAUGUCUGGGCUACUCCAAACUUGGGCAGCUCCCCUGAAAGUGGGUGAGGGCGAGAGCCACAGCCCAGUUUCCCCCAGACCUGGUCUCCGUGCUCUAACGCACCUCACUGGCACUCCUGGCACCAACUGGCACACAUGCCCGUCGUGUUAUUGUCAGAAUGCAAGCAGGGACAUCACCACGUUCCAGUUGCGCUGUGGUCUUUGUGGAUCUGUUUUCUAACCUGCCAAGACUUCCCUAACAAAAGGGACCUACAGCUUUAAGAACUCUUUUAUGGGAGAUUUCCUGCCAGGCCAGGGCCCCUGACACCUCAUCUCUGUAACCCGCUUGAAGCCACGCUGCGUGCUUGUCCUCAGCACCCACUCUAUGUUCUGGGCAGUUUGCAAUAUGUUAUCAUUUGAUUUUUCAGAAGAAAUAAUAGCAUCUCUGGUUUUUAGUGCUGACUGUAUGCUGGCGCCAUGGCAAUACCUUGCAGUGAGUGCAGGCCACCCGGGAGCAGGGCCACGUUUAUUCUCCUUAUUUCACAGGAGGAAACGAGGCGUCAGGGAGGCUGAGUCCCUUCCCAGAGCCUCACAGCCAGGAUUACCCGGAUCUGAACCAUGAAUGUGGAGAGGAGCUGUGCCUUUGUCACAGGCUGGACUGCGUCUGAUGGAGGGAUAAUUACUGUCCUUUGGUGCCACAUCUUGGCCUGCUCUCCCCCACGUCUGUGAUGUGCAUGCGUUUGCGUGUGUGCGUGUGUGUGGUGUGUGUGUGUGUGUGUGUGUGUGUGUAUACGUGCAGCUGCCCCACUCUCAGGAGCUAAGUAACAAGACGAGUGUCCUAGCCGGUUUUGCUCAGUGGGUAGAGCUUCAGCCUGGUGACCAAAGGGCCCCGAGUUUGAUUCCUGUCAAGGGCAUGUACCUUGGUUGCAGGCUCCUCCCCGGCCCAGGCCCUGGUCGGGGCUCAUGCAGGAGGCAACCAAUGGGUGUGUUUCUCUCACAUCAGUGUUUCUCUCUGUCUUUCCCUCUCUCUUCUACUCUCCCUAAAAAUCAAUGGAAAAAUAUCCUCGGGUGAGGAUUUUUAAAAAAAGAAAGAAAGAAAACAGGAGUGGGCCCAGAGCGCCUAGCAUUGCCCAUAAACCCCAGGCAUAGAUGGAGCUCCUUGUGUCCCGUUAUAAGCGUGGCUACACAACCACCUAAGAAGCAUGUGUGCAUUGCGCAGGGUCUGGACUUGGUGGGUGUUCCCCGCGGUGUCUGAUUAUGGAGCUCGCAGGCCUAUCGCAGAAAGGGCAAGGCUUUGACUUUGUGCGAAGACGUGCAGAGCAAUUCUGCUUCCUCCUUGAACGUGGGUGGCAGCUUCUGUGUGCCGCCCGGGGUGCUGCACGGGCUAGGCGGUGCGGCCAGAUUCCAGCAGCUAACUUCAGGGCAUGUGCAUUUUUUCCUCUCGGUGUUGGCUAACGACGGUGUUGAGUUCAGCCGUUCCAAGCAGGCAUGCACGACGGGCCUCUGCCUGGAGACCCAGAGCAGCCGGGCCUCCCUCUGCAGCCCUGCAGGCUUGCUCUCUGGGCUCCUGGGUGCACCUGACUGCACGGGGCUUGGUUCGGAUAUCCAGGCGGUGGCUCCAGAUGAGUUGUGAACAGGAACAGCUCGGGGUUCUGUUGCUCAGGGGAGAGGCUGUCAGGGCGCCCCCUGCAGAGAAGCCCACCUUCCAGAGACCGAUUGGUUCUCCCGGCUUUACCCUCAGCCACCUGGGUCCUCACGGUGCAGUGGCCUUUACACAGCGAGUGCUGCUGGACUGACGAGCUCCCCCGGGCAGCAGCCUUCUGAGCCCGAAGUGAGCACAGCCGUCAGGGGAGGCCCGCUCCCAGGGCGGUGAAGAAUACCUUGGGGUUUAAAAGGCGUCCAGGCAGGGAGCUGGCGCACAUCCUAUGGGGCGCUCUGCUGGGCAAGGAGGUGUGUUUUCCAAAACCAGAGUCCCGCUGCGCCUCGGCACUGGCGCCCGUGGCGCGCGCUUCUGUGCCCUCCGAAUGACCGUGCGCUCCUGAGCGAAGGCGCACACGGUCAUGGCCCGCGGGCGCCCGCAGGGUUCUGAAAUGGUGAAGGCUGUCAGCAGCCAGAGAGCAUCCAGCCCACCGUUGGCUUCUCCCCACCCCAAACCGGAGGCCGUUGUGGUCUAUGCUUUAUAUGUACAUGUUGGUCUCCUUUUCUCCCUUCUGGUUAGUUCAUCAGUGUGCUUAAAGCAUCUUCAUUCAGUGUGAGGAGUGGAAUGGGUUUGCCUCUGACAUGUGGCUCCAUGGGAAGUGGGUGGAGGAAUUAAGAAGAUGCCAAGAAAAAAAAAAAAAGGAAAAAAAGAAGUUGCCAGAAGCUGAUCCGCUGGGAGCAUGGCAAGGUCGGCAUUUCAGUACGUGGAUUUCCUCCGGAACCAACCACCAGUUUCCUUCUCUUCCUUUAAGUGGAAAACCCUUCUCUGGUUUAGUCAUGUAAUGAUGUAUAAAGACACAUGUAUAUGUAGGUGCACACAUGUGAGGUCUGACUGUAAGGUGGUGUGUCGGGUUUCUCUUCUUAAAAUCCAGAAGAUCCAAGUGUUUCACCUUACGCACCCUCCUCAGAAGGCGGCCCUUUGGGCGACACUGUCCUGGUCACGGCCGCGCUGCCCGAGGAGAACUUGGUGUGAACGAACGCUCUGUUGGUAUGGCUUUGGGACCGGCGUGUUCAUGUCAGUGUCCUUACACAUAGAACGCUUCAUGGACUUAGGUUUGGAAGAAAUCCGAGUCAUUCACUCGGUUGGCUAAACAAAGCUGUGUGAUUAAGGUAAGUCACACCAUUUUAGCUUUAAAAAAACACAAGAAAACCCCUAAGAUGUUCCUCGGAGUGAGUCUUUGGACUCCAGGAGCCCCUCAAAGUGACCACUUCUUAGGAGGACAGCCGUCAUGAGUCUGUGUAACUUCUAGUGGAUCCAUUUUUUAAAUCUGUUCUCUCGCCGUGCCUUCUAUGAGCUCCCAUCUCCGCAUACACACAGAUGUGAGCGCGGAGUCAUUGGUUUAAACUCCGGUAGGUGCCCUGUAAAGCCGUGUAUGCUUAGCGCAUGUUAUUGUCAUGUUAUGCUCUGAGCGAGGUGUUUGUCAUGAAACUUUGCUUCGUUGCAGAAUUAAAAUAAUUGUUCUCAAUAUAAUGAAGUACCUAUACCGCAUUUUCUUGUGUCAGCCCCGGAAGCUUUGACGCCCAGUGGUGUGUUUACAUGUGACUUUGCCUAGGAUUCUGUUCACAUCUAGACACCUGCCUGUAAGUAUUUAUUACGAACAGAAUGUAUGCAGAUGUAUCCAUGGUGGUUAUCUUUGCGUGAAGGUGUUUUUUCCCUCUGAGGAGUGAGAGUGGGACCUCCUCCUCCACGAGGCACGCACAGAGCCUGUGGAAUUCUGUGAGAAGGGCGGGUGCCUGCAGCGGCCUCGGCCAGGACUCGGACCGCACCGGUGCCACCGCCUUUCCGUGUGUGUCGCUGUGCUUGGGGGCAGCGUGCUGUGCUCUCCAGCAGACUUAGGUGCGACAGAUGGCAUGUUAGUCUGCCGGUCGGUCCUGACCUGGGUGUCCGGGCUGCACGGCCAGAUGGGUCUGUGUACCGCGUGGGGGGGGGGGGGGGUCCAAGAACACGAGUGUGUCCCCCAGAGAGCGCCGAUACUGUUGGUCAGCCAAAGAUUUUCCUGUUCUUUGCUGCUUAAACUUGUGCCUUAAUAUUGUAUAUAAUAAAAGGAUGAAAUAGCUUUUCUUG